AUGAACAGCCAGCAUCACCGAGAAAAAGACCAAAGUUAUCCAUUAAGGAGCCACCGCAGCAGCCGAAGGAGUCAGUCUCCUCCGAAAAUUGCACCAGAUAUGAGAUGGAAAUUGCAAUUCGAAAAACUAGCUGCGUACAUGAAGAUUCACCAUCCCGAUGGUGGUUACGGGAAACUCACUCCAUUGACGGAUGAUCGGAUUGAAAAGUUGGAGAGCAUUGGUUUCGAAUGGGAGCACACACUCAGCAAGAACAACAAAUCGAACGAAGCGAACAAGGAGGACGUGCAACAACAGACAAAAGAGUCGGGUGAUGACGACGACGAUGACGACGACGAACCCAAUACAAAGGAAUGCGACUCAAUGGUCGUAUUAAGCGCUGUAGAGCCAGCCACAUUCAAGAAGGAGGAAAGAGACAAAGAGCAAUUCGAAGAUGCAUCGAAUUCUUUAGAGCCGGCCACAUCCCAGAAGAAAGACAAAGAUCAAUCCGAUGAAGGUGGCGAUGAGGACCGAAAGCCAGCGGCAAGGGCUGGAAAGCGAAAGCGUUCCAAGAGCAAUGCAGAGUGGACACAUCAAGAGGAAAGUGAAAUGGAUGAAAGUGAAAUGGAAUUCAGUGCGAAACGAAAGCGGGGCAAAAACUCCGAAACGAGGAAGUACGCGAGUGCAUCGACGAUUGACCGCGUCAGUAGCAGUCCUUACGAAGAAGCUAUGAAGCAAAAUCUACCUCGAUUGCUCACCAACCAGUUGGACCUUAUGGAGUACGUCAAGGAGGAGAACUCUACUUUGAAGUCUCACCUCAUUGACAAGGAGUCGGAUUGGCUGGAACAUAAACAGUACUUGGAAGAACGCAUUCGGACCUUGGAACAAGAGAACGAAGAUCUGAUAGAGUCUCACAAGGAAGAAAAGGCGCAUUGGCAACGUGAGCGGCAGAGACGAAAGCACGCGGAACAGCAACUCAAAAAAUUGAAGAAAAAGAUUGUCGAAUGA